UUUCCAAUCUACAUACCCACACCAAAUCUCGCCUGUUGCUGUGCGACACACCUAUAUCCGUCGUCAUACCCUCGUGUUACUAGACGAUUCUGUAUAUGAUAAUACAGACGAUCACGUCUACUACCUUGCUCGCCUACACCACUCUCGCUCAAUAAUUCUCGUCACCACAGCCUUUUACAACCCAAAUCCAUCGCUCCACGACUACAAUCCACCACUGUCUCCACCUACGUACACGCUCAACGCAGAACAACGUUAGCAGCUUGCCAUCGCCUACAUACCGUCGCUACCUCAAUACGCUCUCUCUCCAACACCAUUCAUAACAUCAACCAACAUGGUGCGCGAUCCUCAAUUCUGGAAACGCUUCAGCGUGGCGGUACACCAAGACGACCUUGAAAAGACAAUUCAGGACCCCAAGCAACCGUACGUCCAAAGUUCCCUGUCUUCCCCUUCGCACUCGCCCCUCGGAUCCCCCACUUCCCAAUCACACCUAAGCCCUGCUUUCCCGCCCAUGGUCCAACUCUCGUCCGUACGGUCGUCCUUUGUUUCAUCGCCUCUAUCCCCGUCUUCGGGAGAAGCAUCUGCGAGCCAGAUACCGCGGGAUAAAAAACAACGCUCCCGGACCAAACUCCAAAAGACGAAUUCGACCAAACCACUAUUGCGACCGACCGUCUCUGUCCAAGAGAAUCCCUCGGACAGAGAUGGGGAUGACCUUGCCCCACCACAAAGAUCACUGUCCCCCCUUCCUGCAUCACCAUCACGCUCCUUCUUCCGCACCCCCAACCUCUCUACACUUUCCCUCAGCCUAUCCGGCCGUCCGCAAUCACGCUUCAACUUCGUGACGACCAUCACGGCUGACGCGUCACAUAGAGAUUCAUGGCUCGCUAAGCAGCAACGCAAAGCCAAGCAACGAACAUGGAUCUGCUGGUGUUUCUGGAUGAUCUUUCUGCUGCUGGUUGCAGGCGUUGUAGUCACUGUGCUGGUCUUGAAAGCGCACAAUAUCAUCUGAGCAAAUCACAUGAGGAAGAUCAGGACGUAUGAGAUGGAUGUAUAUAUGGUUAUUUGGGCAUGUUGUGUAUAGGCGGCGUUUGAUGUCUUUUCUACAGGACGCGGGCUGGUGUUUGGGUACCGACCUGCAUCAGCGAUGCAUGGAUUUCUCCUUUUCUUCUGUUUAUAUUCUAGAUGAUACCAGGUCUUACAUGACCACAAUGCAAUGUCUGCUUCUUUCCUUGACAAA